AUGCCCCAAGAUCCAGCUGCCGCCCUCAGCUCCCUGCUGCGUGGUGCAUCAAUUGACGACCACGAAGAGGUUCUAAAAGCCGCCAACCUUGCGAUCAAGGCCGAUAAGAGCGACAUUCUCGCCAGGCACACCAAGCUAGUGGCCCUGCUCAAGCUUGACCGGUUCAAUGAUGCCGCACGAUUCCUCGCCGAGAGCGGCUCCGCGCUCGAAUCGAACUGCAUCUUAGAAAAAGCCUAUGCUCUUUACAAAUCUGGAGAGCUUGAGGAAGCGACAGCGACCCUCAAAAAGGCCGGCUUGCGCGGACGUAGCCUGCAGCACAUCGCCGCUCAGGUUGCCUACAGGGCCGAACGAUUUAGCGAAGCCGGGCAAAUCUACGAGGAGCUGCUAGAUGGUAAUGUGGGCGAUGAAGAAAACGACUUGACCAUAAACCUCAAAGCCGUGCACGCGCAAGCAGAGUGGAGUGGCCUGUCUGCGCCAUCCGAGUCACUUCGCAGCAUGCCUGAUUCUUUCGAACUGUGUUACAACAUUGCGUGCGCCAGAAUUGCCAGAGGCGAGCUUGAUGAAGCUACCAAGCUUCUUCAACGGGCAGCCACUCUUUGCAAGGCUUCUGACGACCUAGGGGAAGAGGACAAGGAGGCGGAGCUUCGACCGAUUUGGCUCCAGCAAGCCUACGUCUAUGCCAGAGAGGGCAAGCUUAAGGAAGCACUUGACCUGUACAAUUCAAUAGGGUCACUAAGCAACGACGACGAAGAUUUCAUCAUUGUCGCCCGACAGAACCGGCUCUCACUUGAAGCGAAGCCCGCGAACCCGUACCUUCUACAGAGACAAAUGACUUCAGGAGGUGGAAAGCCAGAAAACGCCAAGCUCUUCAGCUACCAAUCAAGCCGCGAGCGCCAUAAUUCAUAUUUGCUCGACCUGGACGUGCAUAAGUCAAGCGGCGUCCAGGAAAAGACACACAAGUUCCUUCAGCAGUCGGAACAGCCGACGAACAGCGCCAGUGUCAAUUCCAUGGCAGUCGUGAACGCCGCCGCUGUAGUUGAGGGACUAGAUGACAGAGCUGCUGUUCGGAAGCUGCAGGCUCUUGUGAUCAAGCGACCUUUGGAUGUUGGCCUUCUUCUAACCAUCAUUCAGCUCCAGCUCCGUCUCAGUCGGAAGGGCGCGGCCCUUUCCCUUCUCCAGACGUUCUUUAAGCGACUAGAGAAGGAAGAUACUGAUGCCGCAAGAGAUGUUCGCUUCAGCCCCGGCCUGGUUGCGCUGGCGGUAUCUUUGAUGCGCGCGCAGGGACACGAGAACUCUGCGAAGGCCGAAUUCGUCACUGCUGCCAACCACUGGACGAAGCGUCCCAACGCCUCGUCGGACUCCCUCCUGCGCGAAUCUGGCAUCGAGCUCAUGCGGUCGUCUAACCCCGAAGACUUGAAGCUGGCAGGCUCGGCAUUCGAGAAGCUCUUCGCAGAGCACAAGGGCUCUCCCAUUGCCUCUGCCGGCCUCGUCGCCUCGCUUGCCGCCGUGGAUACAGACAAGACGAGCCAGCACAUGUCCGAGCUCCCGCCCGUCGAGUCCCUCAUCAAGGGCAUCAACGUCAAGGCCCUCAUCCAGGCGGGCGUCGCGACCGCCCCGAGCCGACCGAACAACAGCAAGAAGCGCGCGGCCACCGAUGAUGCUGCCGCCACCGAAAGGGCGUCCGCGAAGAGCCGCCGCCGCCGUCGCCUACCCAAGGACUUCGAGGAGGGCAAGACGCCAGCGCCCGACCCGGAGCGCUGGUUGUCGCUGCGGGACCGCUCGUCGUAUCGCCCCAAGAACAAGAAGGGCAAGAAGAAGGCGGCCGACUCGACGCAAGGCGGCGUCGUCAAGGAAGAGGAAACGCUAGGUCUUGUUGGCGGCGGCGGCGUCAGGGUUGAGAAGGCUGGUAGUGGUGGCGGUGGUGCCGCUGGCGGUGGCGGGGCCAAGAAGAAGAAGAAGGGCAAGAAAUAA